AUGCCUACUCUCGGAGGGCUCUUGAAGAAACGGCGAACGAAGGAUUCGCAAGACCUCUCCAAGGAGCUCCAGGCUGGUUCCACCGCGACUGGCCACACCACGACGUCACCAAUCGCUGCCGAAGACUCCCAGCACCACGGCCACCACAGCGGCCACCACCUCUUCCACCAUAGCCACCAUCCCUCCAACAAUUCGGCUAAUACGGCGAAUUCCAACAAUUCACACGCCGCCGAACAUCACCAGUCCAACCACUCCUCUGCUGCUAGCAACAAGCCUGCUGACGGGCAAACCGCCUCCAUGCAAUCCCCCGCACAACAGCCCUCUAGUACUUCCGCACACUCGAAUUCCGGCCACCAUGGCAAUGCCGCCAGCAUACACAACAUCAUAAACCCGUCGCAGCAGAACACACCGCAGGUCUCUCGAACGGAGCGUACUACCAAGGGGAAAUAUACCCUCGAUGAUUUCGCAAUCCAGCGCACCCUCGGCACAGGCAGUUUUGGACGCGUUCACCUCGUGCAGUCGAAGCACAACCACCGCUACUAUGCCAUCAAGGUCUUGAAGAAGGCGCAAGUCGUCAAGAUGAAGCAGAUUGAGCAUACCAAUGACGAGCGACGGAUGCUGAAUCGUGUUAGGCAUCCUUUCCUCGUCACGCUGUGGGGUACUUGGCAGGAUGCUCGAAACCUAUACAUGGUCAUGGAUUUCGUCGAGGGUGGAGAGCUGUUUAGUUUACUUCGGAAGUCUCAGCGAUUCCCUAACCCCGUGGCCAAGUUCUAUGCGGCCGAGGUCACUCUGGCUCUGGAGUAUCUUCAUUCGUUGAAUAUCAUUUACCGGGAUCUUAAGCCCGAAAACUUGCUGCUAGAUCGCCAUGGGCACCUCAAGAUUACCGAUUUUGGCUUUGCGAAGGAGGUGCCCGAUAUUACCUGGACCCUUUGUGGGACGCCUGAUUAUCUGGCUCCUGAGGUCGUGGCCUCUAAGGGUUACAACAAAUCCGUUGACUGGUGGUCCCUCGGUAUUCUGAUCUUCGAGAUGCUGUGCGGGUUCACACCCUUCUGGGACCAAGGGUCGCCUGUCAAGAUUUACCAGAACAUCCUUGCGGGCAGGAUUAAGUUCCCGCCAUACCUUCACCCCGAUGCCGUCGAUUUGCUCUCCCGGCUGAUUACCUCAGACCUCACCAAGCGGUUGGGAAACCUUCACGGCGGUCCGGAUGAUAUCAAGAACCACCCAUGGUUUGCGGAAGUUACCUGGGAUCGGCUGUUGAGGAAGGAGAUCGACGCACCCUACGUGCCCCCCAUCAGAGGCGGGCAGGGCGACGCCAGUCAGUAUGAGAACUACCAGGAAGAGUCAGAGCCCUACGGCCAGACUGGCGAAGACCCCCACGGCCAUCUGUUCCCCGACUUCUAG